CCACGUGUGGUGAACAGAAAACAAUGGCAGUCUCGUGGGGCGGGCAGCGUGCUGAGCGCUGUGUAGACCCUGAUAAGGACACAAUGGGCCUGCUCAGGGAAACACUCCAACGGUUUGUUCAACUCAACAACAUGAAGCCCCACCAUUCCCACCACAUCCAGGGAUACAACUCAACAACAUGAAGCCCCACCAAUCCCACCACAUCCAGGGAUACAACUCAACAACAUGAAGCCCCACCAUUCCCACCACAUCCAGGGAUACAACUCAACAAUAUGAAGCCCCACCAAUCCCACCACAUCCAGGGAUACAACUCAACAACAUGAAGCCCCACCAUUCCCACCACAUCCAGGGAUACAACUCAACAACAUGAAGCCCCACCAUUCCCCCACAUCCAGGGAUACAACUCAACAACAUGAAGCCCCACCAUUCCCACCACAUCCAGGGAUACAACUCAACAACAUGAAGCCCCACCAUUCCCACCACAUCCAGGGAUACAACUCAACAAUAUGAAGCCCCACCAAUCCCACCACAUCCAGGGAUACAACUCAACAACAUGAAGCCCCACCAUUCCCCCCACAUCCAGGGAUACAACUCAACAACAUGAAGCCCCACCAUUCCCACCACAUCCAGGGAUACAACUCAACAACAUGAAGCCCCACCAAUCCCACCACAUCCAGGGAUACAACUCAACAACAUGAAGCCCCACCAUUCCCACCACAUCCAGGGAUACAACUCAACAACAUGAAGCCCCACCAUUCCCACCACAUCCAGGGAUACAACUCAACAACAUGAAGCCCCACCAUUCCCACCACAUCCAGGGAUACAACUCAACAACAUGAAGCCCCACCAUUCCCACCACAUCCAGGGAUACAACUCAACAACAUGAAGCCCCACCAAUCCCACCACAUCCAGGGAUACAACUCAACAACAUGAAGCCCCACCACAUCCAGGGAUACAACUCAACAACAUGAAGCCCCACCAAUCCCACCACAUCCAGGGAUACAACUCAACAACAUGAAGCCCCACCAAUCCCACCACAUCCAGGGAUACAACUCAACAACAUGAAGCCCCACCAUUCCCACCACAUCCAGGGAUACAACUCAACAACAUGAAGCCCCACCAUUCCCCCCACAUCCAGGGAUACAACUCAACAAUAUGAAGCCCCACCAUUCCCCCCACAUCCAGGGAUACAACUCAACAAUAUGAAGCCCCACCAUUCCCACCACAUCCAGGGAAAGAGGCUCUUCUGGUGCCGUCGACAAAAUCUGAAACCGCAGCGUCUUGAAUUUCCUAUAUUUCCCAUAGCUUUACAUUCAUCUUCAUGCACACAUACACCUGCCCUCGAGCUGAAUAUUCUCUUGAAAUUGACUUUGGAGAAGAGGUGACCGAUUCAAUCCCACCUCUGAAUCCUUGGCUGUGGAAAUCCCUGCCUCACGCAUCCAUUAGGCCGGUUGAUCCUACAGUAUAAUUAGACAGAUCCUGGGCUUAUCAAUGUACCCCUCCCCUCUCUGAGAUUAAGAGAUGCUCUAUCAUUCUGUGGUGUCAGCACACAUCCCUGGGUGUCACACACACUCCUGGUUAUCACACACACACACCCCUGGGUAUCACACACACACACAUCCCUGGGUAUCACACACACACACCCCUGGGUAUCACACACACACACCCCUGGGUAUCACACACACACACAUCCCUGGGUAUCACACACACACACACACACACCCCUGGGUAUCACACACACACACCCCUGGGUAUCACACACAUACACCCCUGGGUAUCACACACACACACAUCCCUGGGUAUCACACACACACAGCCCCGGGUAUCACACACACACAGCCCCGGGUAUCACACACACACACACCCCUGGGUAUCACACACACACACCCCUGGGUAUCACACACACACAGCCCCGGGUAUCACACACACACACCCCUGGGUAUCACACACACACACCCCUGGGUAUCACACACAUACACCCCUUGGUAUCACACACAUACACAUCCCUGGGUAUCACACACACACACCCCUGGGUAUCACACACACACACCCCUGGGUAUCACACACACACACAUCCCUGGGUAUCAAACACACACAGCCCCGGGUAUCACACACACACACAUCCCUGGGUAUCACACACACACACCCCUGGGUAUCACACACACACACCCCUGGGUAUCACACACAUACACCCCUGGGUAUCACACACAUACACAUCCCUGGGUAUCACACACACACACCCCUGGGUAUCACACACACACACCUCUGGGUAUCACACACACACACAUCCCUGGGUAUCACACACACACAACCCCGGGUAUCACACACACACACAUCCCUGGGUAUCACACACACAUCCCUGGGUAUCACACACACACACCCCUGGGUCACGCACACACACCCCUGGGUCACACACACACACACAUUUGGGUAUCACACACACACCCCUGGGUAUCACACACACACACACAUGAGGAUGGAACACAUUCAUGCAGGGGUAUUUUCUGUACUGUUAGCUGUACAGCCACCAAGCAUAGCAGGAAAUGUUGUUUGGUUACUGCAUUAUCCGUAAUUUAAUUCCCCCAUAAGGUUCCUGGUGAGAUUCAGAGUUGAUCAUCUGCUUUGGAACAACAGCAGCUGGUUGCUUCAGUUUAGUGGGUUUGGACUAGGGGGAGGAGAGGGCUCUUCAGAGGCUAGGGCCAUGUGUUGCCUUGUUUGUGAAUGGUUGCACUUGAUUUAGCUCACCAAGCACAUGGGAUAGGCAGGGUUUGCACCCUAUAGGACCAUUGGUGUAGUUCUGAAAGGGACCACUCUGCCUAUUCAGCACGGUGGGCAAGCUCAAUCAAGUGCACCCAUUCAAAGUCACAUAAUAUGGUGAUAUGUGGUUUGUCACGUUUUGACCUUAGUUCCUUUGUUUUGUCUUUGUUCAUAUGGUCAGGGCGUGAGUUGGGGUGGGCAGUCUAGGUUUGUUUUUCUAUGUUUGGUUUCUGUGUUCGGCCUAGUAUGGUUCUCAAUCAGAGGCAGGUGUCGUUAGUUGUAUCUGAUUGAGAAUCAUACUUAGCCUGGGUUUCACUUUUGGUUUGUGGGUGUUUGUUUCCGUGUGAGUGUUUAGGCCACACGGUACUGUUUCGGUUUUGUAAAUUCACGUCAUCAGUAUUGA